CUCUGGAGCGGAUUUCUCGAAAUCCGGAAUGUCUUUGAAAUCAACUCCGUGUUACUACUGGCUCUCCACUGUAAGUAGGAAACUACAACGUAAAAAAAACAACCAAUCAUAAAGCAGUGCAUAUGUUUGUGGUUCUAAACUAACGCUUUGAUUGGCCGCUCGUCAGUGGGAGGUUUACACGCGUUAUCUCAAAGGUCACCAGCAUGGCGCUCUGCUUGUUGAAUAUACACAUCGCAUCUAUGAGCCGGCUCAGUGAUUUAUAAAUGAACUUCGGAAUUCGACCCACCAAAUUAUUAUUUUGCUGGUAAAUAAAAGGAUUAUUGUAGUAUAUUUUGUAGUUUUUGAACCAUGUCCAGUUCAAAUGUGUGGAGUCGCAGCAGAGCGAGAAUGAGGCUCUUCCCAGAGCUGUUGGCUCAGUGUUCAGGAGAGGCCGCUGCUUAUGGUAAAUGUGUGGCCUCUACAACCACUGGCAAACAGGAGCUGACCAAAAACAUGUGUGUCAAAGAAUUUGAAGCACUAAAAAGCUGCUUUCAAUCAGCUGCAAAAAAGGGAGUAAAGUGAAGAAGAUCAUGAAUAAAUAUCAUGUUGACUUGAUAUUUUGACCUGAGAUCAUUAUAAUUAGACAGUUAAACUCUUCUGAGGAUGAAUAUCUGUCUUUUUUCAAUAGUAGCUUUUGUCAUUUCUCUCUCUUUGUAAAUAUACAUAAAUAUAUAAUAAUGUGUUUCAGAUGGAUAAUUGUAUUGUGCAGAAAACCA